CCUACCACUUGCAAAGAGACACGCAGUUCAUUACCGGAUUGGUUUGGAGGCUGAAGAAACCUGCUAAGCGACGGCCUGGGUUCCCAAGUUGGUCAUGGACAGAAUGUAUUCAAUUCACGAGUCCUUUGGAACGCAGCCACGGUCAGUGGACCUGGAUACAUUUCUUGCACACCCCCAAAUAAAGGCUCUGACGCUUAGCUACGUUCCCCAGCUCACAGUAGUUGGCACAACCGUCAAGGUGUACAUCACGGUUGACGGGAAUUAUUUCGCCAGAUACUCGACAGCCUUCUACAAUACGACCGACACAGUCACUUGCGACUUCCCUGAAUCCACAAUGCCUUCUCCAGAACAAGAGUGCAUGGAUCACAUCCUAGGACGGAGGCAACUCGUCAAAGUCGUAAACAGCAGUCUAAUCCUCGCAGACGAGCACCUUUCGCUUCUGGUUCUGGUCCUCUGGGAGCAAGGCGGGAGGUGGGAACGUCUAGCUUUGAUCGAGCAGUUUCUCCGAUGGGAAACGGAAUACAGAUAUAUCACUGCAGGCGCAUGGAAUGCGGAAGUGUCUAGAACUUGCAUAGUAGUAAGACCAAGGCAUCUGAAUGGUAUAAUUGAAGAUGCUCAAAGACAUCUGCACAUUCAGAUCUCUCACCGCACCUACAAUGAGAUUGCUACUAUUACACAGAUGUACCUAGCGAGGCUUUUGUGCUGGCGCCCUGCAUGCAAUAAAGCAGCUGUUGUGUAACUAGUAGUGCUAAGGCCACAACGUGAGCCGACAUUGGGGAACGGGACUUCUGAAGAUGGAGCACACUAGCAAUGCAAAGCCCAUUGGCCUUCAUGAAUAGGCCAAUAUCAAUGCUCAUCAAGGUCUCGGUGAAUGAGACCUGAAAGACG